AUGCUCUCGCGCAGCUACGAGACGGCCGAUCUUCGUUACGCGCAAUGUCGCGAGCGUCGAACGCAGUGGCAAUCGACUAGGAAGAGGGGGUCGAUCUUGGUAGCGGAGGCGAUCCUCGAACUAGAGAUCAGGAGGCCUCUACAGUGCCACGGAGUGUUUUCUACUCUUGGUUCCAUUCCCGACGAAACCUGGUCUGUUGAGUGGAGGUUCUGUACGAGUGCAUCAUCAAGACGACGUGUCGUGUCAAGUCCGAUCUCAUCGCUCGUGGCAGUCAAGCAACGAACAAGCAAGCAUGGAAUGGUUCGGAACGAUUACCUUAUGCAGGAAGUUGGUACCGCCGCCGGGCCGGACUCCGAGAGCGGGGGGCCUGACGUCUGCUUCCAACGGCUCGAGCGACCGAGCGUUACCGAUGGGAGUUUUAGACCGGCGUCGGCGGUAAAGCUUUCAAGCGUGUUCCGACACGGACUUGUCAAGGGGAAGGCUAUGCGAGACCGACGUGUCGGCCUCCACCACCCUCAACUGGGCGAAAUAGGAGCAACGACAAGCCAUCGGGCCGUCGGAUGCCGCCGUACCGCACUCUCAGACCACCAUAUCUCCACAAAUCCCGUCUUUCUCUGA